AAUAAAUUUACUGUUAUCAACAGGAGCCCUAUCCUGGGUAACGGUAAACCCUGUCGCGAUUGUUGUCUCGAUGAGCGAGUAGCAUGAUGAAAAGAUUGAUAAGUCUCUGCACAUAAAACAGGAAGAAGUCGCCAAAAGUACCGACGUGAAGAUCCUGAUAGUCGUACCUGGACCUCUAGUUCUGAAGGCCGCGUACUAACCAGAGCUAAAAGAUACGAAGGAAAAAGCUAUCUUCAUGUCUCAGGGAAGGGAAUCUUUCAUUUUUCCAUUUUUCACGUUGUCCUUUUAUUUCCGCUUUUGGCAAGCUAUACCGAGUGGGGAUGGGAGACUGGGACUUAGCAAGAUUGAAGCGCGGGUAAACACGAAAAAAACCACCCCAAGAAGACAAGGCAAGAUGGCCGCACCUCGUUGUGUCAGUCCAACCACGAUUGGCCAAGAAAAAAGUUGUUUGAUACGUAUCUGCUAGCUUAGGUUUCUUACACUAUGUCAAGCAAAGAGUUCAAGGUUUUGUACACUCACCAGAAAACCAAAAAACAGAAAACAUGGCAGGAUGGUACUCUCAUCCUCUACGCAAAUACAAAGAAAGUAGUGUUAUAUGAGGAUGGUACGAAAGCUCUGCUGGACUCGCAUUUUGUUCGUUCUGAUCAGAUAACUAUUGGUGAUGAAAUUGAGUCAGAGAGGUACUUGAUAACGAUUGAAGAGGAGACUAAUAGAGCUGGUGCUGAUUCAAAUUGUCAAGUUUCUAACCAUCCAUGUGUAGUCAACUCUAGCCAUGACAACUCAUUCACGAAAAAGAACAAGGAGUUUUGUCCCCCAAAGUUUGUCAUAAAAGAGAAAAAAAUAUUGAAUAAAGCUGAUGAUGAAGCUGAUGAAAGGUUAAACUUAUGUGCUAAACAUUUUGCAAGGAGCUCUAAAACAAAAGAUGAGAAAAUGCCAUCAAAAAACCAGUUUUUUACACUGUAUUCUAAGAAAAAUCAGGACUUAGUAGGAAAAAGGAAAUUUGAUGAGAAAGUGACAAGAAGAGAUGAUCAGAACAAUGUAUCUACCAAACGCACUCCAAUCAUUAAUCAAAGCUGCUAUGGUAAAAGAGAUACAUCACAAAUUUUGGCUUUGUUCUCUGCAAACAGUGUUUCUAGGUCUGAAGACAAAAGAGAUGAUAUUCUUCAAGUAUGUCCUCUAUCAUCAUCAGCAGAAGUAAAUGUCAGUGAUGAUGCAAAAGGGUUUUUCCAAAGCUCAUUGGUAGAUUUAUCUCAUGAUGACAACAAAGCUCUGACAUCCAUCACAUAUAAUUCUGCAGCUUCACCAGUCCGUUUUCAUACUUUACCUGUCUUAAGCAAGCCUCACUCUAACCCCCUUGUAAUAAGCGAGAAUUCCUAUACUGAUGUAACAUGYGAUACUGGAGAUGAUUUAUUUCAUGUCCCUGAUGAUGACACUAAAGACCAUCAAAUAGAACCUCAUUCCAGCAAUAUCAACAACAUUGGUGUUCAUGACAUCACUACUAGGGAAUUAGCAGUUGGUUCCAGAAAGGAACAUCAAAAGAAGCCUACUCUCUUGUGUCCAACCAUCAAGCAAAGACAAAGCAGUAGACAUACAGGCCUGGCCAAAAAUGACAGAAAAAAUAACAGCAAGUCUUCAUGUAAGGAAAAUGAGCAUGAUUUGGGUUUCCCUACAUCAAAAGAUUGCGAAGAUAAUGUGAAGCCAUGUCGUGAAGUUAUUAUACCAGUCACAUUUGAAAACUGUCACUAUUAUCAGCAAACACUCAAGGCUGCUGUACGAGAACACUUGAACAUUAUGUUGUUUGAACUGGCGCAGAAUUACCACUCUGCCUUGAGAAAAGUAGAUAUUACCCAAUAUAACACAGUCAAUCAAGGUUUUGUUAGUGAUGAAAGACCCAGCUGUCCUCAUGGCAUUUGCUGUCUUAGGUCUGUUAAAAAGGAAGGACCAAACAAGGGGAGGCUAUUUUACUGCUGUCCUGGAACAAACAAGUCACAAUGCAAGUUCUUUAAAUGGGUUAAUGAAUUCAAGAAUUCCAAACAGAGUAACAAACCAACUUUACAAACUAACAAACCUAGUUUGUGUUCAGCUGAUGCGGUUGUUGAGUUCUUUACCAGUCAGGGUUUGACUUUGCACUGUCAGUGUCGUUUGAUCAUCAAACAUAAAAAUACUUAUGCUGGUAAAUCUGGAAAACAAGGAGGAUAUAGAUACUCAAGGAAACGUCUUGAAAAAAGUGACGAUAACACAGACUACAAGAAAUCAAUAUACCUUGAGUUGAGCAAUAAGCGAAGACCUCAUGUUUCCUACAGCAAAGAUGAUGUGUGGAUUGUAUCAAAAAGUUUGUUGUUUGAAAAAAGAAGUACGUUCGUUGCUAAAAGUACAUACUUUGGUCCAUUCUCAAGUGGUGAAUUAGAAAUUUCCCCUAUUGGUGGUUACUCUCCUUCGAACUGGCAUUCUGGAGAUACAGUGUAUGCUUUGCAUGGCUGUAAUGCAAGCAAUGAGUUACUGUGUAUCGAAAAUAUUGAUGCGUAUGUCAAUAAUCGUUGUAUGCCUUUACUGGACAGUUUAUUACGCAGGCAAAGUGAUGUUACAUCAACAAGACGACCAGACUCUGGUUCCAUUUCAUUUGUACCUCCAACACCAAGUUUACAAAGACUGUUGAAUGACAUCCCUACAGAUGUCGCGGUUAAGGUUGCCAAGGAAAUUAUUGACGAAUAUAGUUUAAAUACGGACCAAGGGCUUGCCUUGAUUAACUGUGCCAAUAUGUUUACUGAUGCCCCAUCAAACAUCUCUCUAAUACAAGGAGUGUUUGGUGCUGGGAAGAGUUAUCUUCUUGCUGUAACCAUUCUUUAUCUUGUGAGAUUGUUUACGAAGAUAACGCAGAAUGACGGAGCAAGCAAUGUUUCUAAGCCCAAAAUACUUGUGUCUUCAACAACUAAUGUAGCAGUUGACCGUAUUCUUCUUGUUUUACUGGAGUUGGGGUUUGAAGAGUUUGUUCGUGUUGGUAGCAUUCGUAAAAUAGCUAAGCAGCUGCUACCUUAUAGUAUGCAAGGAAGUGGAAGCCAGGACCAGGAACUAAAAGAAUUGCAGGCUAUGCUUAAAGAGGAUCUACAGCCAUCUGAGAAGCAGGAUAUUCGCAAGAGCAUAGAGAAACAAAGACGUGGUGAAAACAAAAAGAAACUUGACGGAGUGCAAGUGGUCGGAGUCACGUGUGCAGCUUGUGUGUUUCCAUGCCUGGAAAGGAUGAAGUUUUCUGUUGUUUUGCUUGAUGAAUGUAGUCAAAUGACCGAGCCGACUGCACUUCUUCCUUUAGCAAGGUUUGGAUGUCAAAAACUAAUUCUUGUUGGAGACCCCAAGCAACUAAGUCCAACUAUACCAGGAUCAACACAAGGAUCACAUCUCGAGAACCAUGCAGGCCUUGAACAAACACUAUUUGAUCGUCUAACCAAGAUGGGUUACAGAACCACACUUCUUAGAACCCAGUACCGUUGUCAUCCUACUAUUAGUGCUGUGGCCAACAGGUUGUUUUAUGAAGGCCAUUUAGUGGAUGGAAUUACUCCAGAAGACAGAACUCCUCUUGUGAGUUUUUCUCCAACAUUGUGUUUUUAUGAUGUAUCACGAGGCCAAGAGAAAUGUGGACGCGAUGGGAGUUAUUACAAUGAGCAGGAAGCAGAAUUCGUUGUAUUUCUUGUUGGCUGUCUCUUGGAAUCAGGAUUAGAACCAGAGCAACUAGGCGUGAUCACUCUCUACAAGUCGCAACUUGUAACGAUCUCCUCGCACUUAGCUCAAAGCCGAUUGGCUUCUCACAAACAACUCAAGGCGGUGCAGAUCUCUACAGUAGAUGCAUUCCAAGGAGGCGAAAAGGACGUUAUUUUGUUGUCUUGCGUACGAACAGAUCACGUGGGCUUUAUUGAUUGUGGCAGACGCACAAAUGUCGCACUUACAAGAGCAAAAAGACAUUUACUAAUUAUUGGUAAUAAACGCAUGCUAUCCAGUAAUGAGUUGUGGAGGAAUGUCAUCGAGGAAUGUAGAGCUCAACCUGAUGGUGUGGUUUUAGACGAGCAUUUCAAGAGUUCUUGGCAAAAAGAUGAUAUCGACGUCCCUUCACAGGUUACCACUGACCACCAAUAUCCUGUGAAUGAUAUGAAAGAUGUUCCAAAAUUCCAGCAUGGUAAUGUUUUGCCCCCAUCUCCAUCAAUUGAUAACGAAAUCCAAGACAGUUGUUCGCAGACAAGUUUUGAUUUCUUGCUCGAAUCUCCAUCGGCUGAUGAUGAUGUUGAUGUGGUAUUACCCAAGCUUUCAUCGACUGAAAACAGCAAUGACGUGAAUGACAAAAUACCGGAGCAGCUAUCUACUGGUAUUACGAAUGGCAUGCAAAGUCUUUCACAGGAUACCAGCGUUCCUGUCUCUGUGGAUGGAUCUCCACAGAAAGGAUGUUAGUAGCCCAUCAAGAGUGUUUUUCUCACCCAGCAUGUCUUCGUCUGUCAAUUCAAAUAAAAAUGACUUGGCUGUMAAGUCUGUGACAUGUGACAGCAGCGGCAGCGAAGAGUUUGACCGCCAACUGAUUUCUUGUGUCGAAAGUGACAAUAUCGAACAGACGAAUUGUAUUACCUGGUCUCCCGAAACUAUUCAUGAAUAUAUAGACGAGGAUUUACCAUGCUUUGAUGUGUCUAAUAUAUAGUUGCACACGAACGAAUAACAAUCGURUUCGGAUUUACAGCGAAUCGUUGUUGACUUUGUAAAUUCAUUUUCAGUUGGCCCAUAAAUAUUUUUGUAUCUCUCAGAUCUUGUCUCUGUUAUUGUUGGGACGAAUAUGACGGUGAUUAUUAAAUAGUGUAGUAUGUAAGCAUUUCUUACCGAAUAAAAGUAGGUAUUUUUA